UGGAAGGAGACUCGGUUACCAUGACUUGUCGGAUUAAGAGCAACAGCUCAGACCUGAGAAUAGAAUGGAAUAAAAAACGACUAGAGGCAGAGACAUUGUUGCUCACCUCCAAAUGGAACGCAAGCAAAUAUUACUCAAAUUCCUCUGAAAGAAUGGUCCAUUCGUUCAAUGAAACAUUCAGUAUACUGACUGUCUCUCAUGUAGAACUAAAUGACACUGGGCAAUAUGUCUGUCAAGCAAGCAUUGAAAUUCCUCCACCUGUGUUUACAAAAUCUGGCAAUGGCACUUAUCUGCGUGUACAAGUUGGUUUCAAGGAUUCAAUAUCAAAUGACGAAACAAUUGCAGGUACAGUGACAUGGAUCUUGAGUGGUUUGUUGUCAACUAUUGGAUUGGUUAUAUCAGUUUACAUUUUCUUUUUGAUCAAAAGAUUAAUCUGUCCCAAAAAAGUGGAUCCUACGUACGUCAAUGUGCAAUUUAGAAAUAAGGCAGGCCAAAACAACCAGCUCACAGAACAAGGAAACGUAAGAUAUAUAGCCUCAAGCAGAUAUGGAUAUCCUAAAACCAUUGCCUCUAAAUUGCCGCACAGACUGGAAGGGGACCUGAAAUGA